UAGUGGGUUUAAUGUUAAUUUACCACAACAACGGCUGUUCUAAGUCACAGCUCCAACACAAGAUCUCAUUUGUCUCAUCCCUUCAUACGAUCCAAAACUACUGCGAUGAACAAUGAAAGCACUAUGUAGGGUAGCUUCUGUUUCCCCCCAAUUGUCAUGGCAAUGUUUGUAUACGAUGUUGUUAUCCAGUGAGGGUGCUGUUGCUCUCUCUGCAAUGUAAAUGAAACCUCUACUGUGCCCAUCGGGUUGUUUCGCUCUGCUCUCUGAGGACUUUAGUUCGAUUAGUUUGCACCUAUUAAUUCGUACAGAUGAUAACCAUUAACAGUUCACAUUGAUAUAUUUCGUGUUUUCGAAAAUGUAAAGUGUUUGUUUAUACAAACAUGCGAAUUCUGUAAUUCUCUGUUAGGUCCGCGCACGAUCGUUAAUGUGAGGAGCGUUUAGCAGCAUCUGGCGGCCACUGAUUGCGCCUCGGCGGACUGCUGAACAGCACUUGGCCUUCUUCAGAGGUGAAGGUGACUCGCCUCCAUUGAGGAGGAGAUGCAGAGACAGAGCCGCCAGCCCGCCUCGCAGCCUCCUUCAAACUGAGCGUCAGCCGACCCAGCGAAGGGGAAAGCGCAUGGUUCCGUCUGUCUUUGACUGGAAAGAAAUAACAGGUUUGGCGCAGAGCGAAUACAGUACGUGAUUUUUUUCGGUCUGGGGUGGUUUUCAUCGUGGAUGCGUAUGCAUGUGUUCUGCACCGAACGGGCGAAAAAGCCGCCCCAGAUCCGCAGCAAACAUUUUUCAGAUCGGGAAGGCUUCUCAGAGGGACCCGGAGAGGCGGGAGAGUACCGAGAGCACUCGCAAAGCACAGCGAGCCGUGGACGACUGCAGGAUGACCGUGCAGGAGUUCAACACUCUCGUGGCGCUGUAUCGUGAGCAGGUCAUUUCUAUCGGUGAGAUCUCGACAGACUGUCCCUCUCUGCGGUCCCAGAUGCAAAAGACUCGAAUCAAAGGAUGCAACGUGGCCCGCACAGCGUACCAGAACCUUACUGUCCUUUCAGGCCCAGCGGAUGGGGAGAUCCAGCCAGAGAUUUGCCGGCUCUUCAUCCAGCUGCAAUGCUGCCUGGAGAUGUAUGUCACAGAGAUGCUCAAGUCCAUGUGUCUGCUGGGGGUCCUGCAUAUCCACCGCAGAGGGAAUGAACCUUGUUCAGAGCCAAACAUGGACUGCAAGGUGGAUGAAAGCUCAGACGUUCCCAUCCUGGAGGAGCGCUCCUCCUCACCUCUGGACUUCCCGCAGGACUCCUGGAUGGUGUGCACAGACAUUGAGAACAUUGAAAGGGACAUAAGAGAGAUGAGGAAUCUUCUCAGCAAACUCAGGGACACCAUGCCUUUGCCAUUGAAAAAUCAAGAUGACAGCAGUCUGCUGAAUCUCACCCCAUUCCCACUUGUGAGACAGAGGAAGGGACGAUUCUCUGGGCUCUGCUGUCUCGUGUCUGGAUGAAGCCCAACUCCACCUCACUCACCCCAAACCUCAUCUAUAAUCUAGGUGUAAUCUGUCACUGAUCUGUCUCUAUCUCUAUCCUAUGACCAACUACUCUUUAAUUUGUCUAAUAUGUAUGCCUACCCCAUUUCUCAUUCUUCUCUAAUGUGGUUCUAAUCUUUCUUUAGCACAUCUUCAAUCAGUAUUGCCUGUCUGUAAUCUCUCUGUAACUCCGAGCCCUAGCCGCUUCAGACACUGAGGGAUCAGUUUGUCUCCACCAAUAUACAAGUACAUCUAAAUGCCAUCUCCCCCCAAAAUAACAGGCCUUUUCAUUGUAUACUCCAGUUGCCAGUUUCGGAAAUUGGAAAACAAAAUGGACAGCCGUUUGCAGAAAAGUAGUGUAGAUCUCAGAAUGCUGAACACUCUCCAACCUGAACAGUCCCAGGACAAUGACCAGGUGGACAUGAUUCAGGCUAAGUAAGGGUUUCCCCUAAAAAACAACAUUAGAGAUUUUGGAGAUCUCCCAAGAUAGAGCCUUGUCUAACCUGUGUUUCACCCAUCCACCUUUUAUCACUCUUUAUCUCUUAUUUAUCUGUAAAGGUAUCCCUAGUCUGUAAUCAAUCGGAACCCUAUCACUAAUCUAACUAUUUAAUCCCUGUCUAAUCAUUUCUUAAGUGUCCCUAACCAACUUUGAGUGUGUGUCCAAGCUAAACUGUCUAAUAUCUAUCCCACACCAAUCCCUAUCUAUCUCUGCUUUUAAGUUAAUCUGUCUUUGAGGUGGUCCUCAUUCACCUUUGAUACUUCUUUAGUUUAUCCCCAGUCUGUCUCUGUCCUGUUGUUUCGGCCUCUACUCUAUCUAUCUAUCUAUCUAUCUAUCUAUCUAUCUAUCUAUCUAUCUAUCUAUCCUGGGUCUAAUCUGUCUAAUCUGAGGUUCACUGAUAGAACCCAUUCAACCUCACACAGUCCUGUCCCAUCCCUCUUCCUACUCCAACCUGCCAUCAGUCUACAAUGUAAACUAAGAUGACUAUCAAUACUCUUCCACCCUCGGUCUCUUCCUUCAUCUAGUUACUGCCAGCUCAAACCUGUAUUGUUGUCUGUUAUGAAGGCUGACCACGUAUCAGAGUUUGACACAUACUGUCUGUAUAAAGACAUUGAAUGGAAUGACCAUAACCAAUGAAUUUCAUAAUACAUUUCUAUUUAUUGGCCAUCGUUUUGAAUGAUGGCUGUGCAGUGCGUUAUAGACCAUGUCCUUGCUAUGUUAUUAGUCAGGUAAACUCAAAGGGACAAGCACUAGACUAAUAGCAGCAAACAUGAUUAUAUCUUAAGUGAUUAUUUUGGUCACUGUGCACAUGUGUUUUCUUCUUUAGUCUUCCAUAAAAAGGGAAUCUGUAUUCACAUAAGUUAUGUAUUUUUUUUAUUUAAGGGCUUUGCUAUCCUCUGUAUGAAAGCCAUCACCAAUCCAUUGUGAGCACAGUACAGAAAUCUGUGUAUAUAUUGAAAUAUACAUAUAUAUAAAAAGAAUUUUAUGUAAGUAAAAGAAUGCUAUGUCUUCAUUAUUCUACUCUUAUAUUCUGUCUCAUCUGGUGGUCAGUCUAAGGAGUCACUAUUACUGGAUGGACCACAUGUGUGCAGCAUGGAUGUAGCUUGUAGCGUUAGAUGUGCUCAGUCGUCUCUGUGGUGUUGGCAUAAUGUAUAAGCCAUUUUAUAAAAUGAAUAAACUUUUUUUAUUUGACAGUA